AUGAAAGAACGUAAAAUAUUUCUCACAAACAAAAAAACAGGUUGGGAACUCUUUAGAAGUACUCUUGAAAAAACAAAAACUCUUUCGCUAAGAUUAAAAACAUCAUCUAAAAUCGAAAUGGCAAUACAAAAACUGUGUAAUGACAUUUUUGAAGCUGUAAAAACGUCAACACCUGAAACUUCUAAAGUCAGUAAUCGUGACAUAGACUACUCUAUGGAAAUUAAAGAUAUAGUUCAACAAAAGCGCAAAGCAAGAAGAACCUGGUAUAGACCGAGACACCAAGCGGAUAAAACCUAA